AGCAGCGGAGGCCGCGCGGGGAUGCCUGCACCUCUCUGACUGCGCGCACCCCCGCCGCCCGGCAGAGCCAGUCCGCGCCCCCCAGCUGCCGCCGCCAGGUGCCCCCCACCCUCCCGGCCAGCGAGAUGUCCGGCACGCCCGCACUGUGCGCCCUGUGGCUCUGCGCCGCGCUCUGCGCCGCCCCGUGCACCCUGGGCGCCCCCCCUCCCGGGCCGCGGCCCGCCUGCCCGGCCCCCUGCCGCUGCCAGGAGGCCGGCAUCGCGCUGUGGGCCGACUGCUCUGAGCUGGGGCUCUCUGCAGUGCCGGCGGACCUGGACCCCCUGACGGCUUCCCUGGACCUGAGCAUGAACAACCUCUCGGCGCUCCGGCCCGGCCUCUUCCGCCGCCUGCGCUUCCUGGAGGAGCUGCGUCUCUCCGGGAACCGCCUCUCACACAUCCCAGGACAGGCGUUCUCUGGUCUCUACAGCCUGAAAAUCCUGAUGCUGCAGGACAACCAGCUGGGAGCGGUCCCCGCCGCGGCGCUGCGGGAGCUGCCGAGCCUGCGGUCUCUGCGCCUCGAUGCCAACCUCAUCGCCCGGGUCCCGGAGAGGAGCUUUGAGGGGCUGCCCUCCCUUCGCCACCUGUGGCUGGAUGACAACGCGCUCACCGAGAUCCCCGUCAGGGCCCUCGGCAGCCUCCGCGCCCUGCAGGCCGUGACCCUGGCCCUGAACCGCAUCGCCCGCGUCCCCGACUUCGCCUUCCAGAACCUGUCCAGCCUCGUGGUGCUGCACCUUCACAACAACCGCAUCCAGAGUCUGGGGACCCACAGCUUCGCGGGGCUGCACAGCCUGGAGACUCUAGACCUGAAUGACAACCAGCUGCACGAGUUCCCCGUGGCCAUCCGGACACUGGGCCGCCUGCAGGAACUGGGUUUCCAUAACAACAACAUCAAGGCCAUCCCAGAGAAGGCCUUCCUGGGGAACCCCCUGCUGCAGACCAUACACUUUUACGACAACCCGAUCCAGUUCGUGGGGAGGUCGGCGUUCCGGCACCUGCCCAGGCUGCACACCCUCUCCCUGAACGGUGCCGCAGACACCCAGGAGUUCCCGGACCUCAAGGGCACCCGCAGUCUGGAGAUCCUGACCCUGACCCGCGCGGGCCUCCGGCGGCUCCCCCCGGGCGUGUGCCAGCAGCUGCCCAGGCUCCGUGUCCUGGAGCUGUCCCACAACCAGAUCCAGGGCCUGCCCAGCCUGCGCGGCUGUCAGGAGCUGCAGGAGAUCGGCCUCCAGCACAACCGCAUCUCGGAAAUCAGGGCCGACACCUUCCGCCAGCUGACCUCCCUGCAGGCCCUGGACCUGAGCUGGAACGCCAUCCGGGCCAUCCACCCUGAGGCCUUCGUGACCCUGCGCUCGCUGGUCAAGCUGGACCUGACGGGCAACCAGCUGACCGUGCUGCCCCUGGCUGGGCUUGGGGGCCUGGUGCAUCUGAAGCUCAAAGGGAACCGGGCUCUGUCCCAGGCCUUCCCCAAGGACAGCUUCCCCAAACUGAGGACCCUGGAGGUGCCCUACGCCUACCAGUGCUGCUCCUAUGGCACCUGCCCUGGCUUCUUCAAGGCCUCCGGGCAGUGGGGGUCCCAGGACCCUCACCCUGACGACCAGGACGCUCCCAAGAGGCCACUGGGCCUCCUCGCUGGCCGGGCCGCGAGCCGCUAUGAGGUGGACCCGGCUGAGCUGCAGCUGGAGGUGGAGGACCCCAGGCCACACGCCCCUGUCCAGUGCAGCCCUGUUCCAGGCCCCUUCAAGCCCUGCGAGCACCUCCUUGAGAGCUGGGGCGUCCGCCUGGCCGUGUGGGCCGUCGUGCUGCUGGCCGUGGUCUGCAACGGGCUGGUGCUGCUGAGCCUGUCUGCGGCCGGCCCGGCCCCCUGCCCCCCCGUCAAGUUCGUGGUGGGGGCCAUCGCGGGGGCCAACGCCCUGACCGGCCUCUCCCGCGGCCUCCUUGCCCUAGUGGACGCGCUGACCUUUGGCCGCUUCGCCGAGUACGGCGCCCGCUGGGAGACGGGCCCGGGCUGCCGGGCCGCGGGCUUCCUGGCCGUGCUGGGCUCUGAGGCCUCGGUGCUGCUGCUGACCUUGGCCGCCGUGCACGGCAGCGUGGCUGUGGCCGGCGCGCGGGCCCGCGGGAAGGCACCGGCCCCGGGCAGCCUGCGCCUGGGGGCCCUGGGCUGCCUGGCGCUGGCGGGGCUGGCGGCCGCCCUGCCGCUGGCCUCCGUGGGCGAGUACGGGGCCUCCCCGCUCUGCCUGCCCUACGCGCCGCCCGACGGCCGGCCAGCUGCCCUGGGCUUCUCCGCGGCCCUGGCGCUGCUCAACGCGUGCUGCUUCCUGGCGGUGGCCGCGGCCUACGUCAAGCUCUCCUGCGACCUGCCCGGGGCUGAGCUGGAGGCCGCGUGGGACUGCGCUGCCCUGCGCCACGUGGCCUGGCUCGCCUUCGCCGACGGGCUCCUCUACUGCCCCGUGGCCUUCCUGAGCCUGGCGUCGGCGCUGGGCCUCUUCCCCAUCACCCCCGAGGCCGUCAAGUCCGUGCUGCUCCUGGUGCUGCCCCUGCCCGCCUGCCUCAACCCCCUGCUCUACCUGCUCUUCAGCCCCCACUGCCGGGAGGACCUGCGGCGGCUCCGGCCCCGCCCGGGGGUCCCAGGGCACCUCGCCCUGGCGGCUGCCGGCCAGCUGGAGCCCAGCUCCUGCGACUCCACCCAGGCCCUGGUGGCCUUCUCAGACGUGGAGCUCAUCCCGGAGGCCUCCGAGGCGGGCUGGCCCGCUGGGCUGGAGACCUACGGCUUCCCCUUGGUGACCCUCGCCCCCCACCAGCAGCCCGGGGGCCCCCGGCCAGAGCGCGGCCCCCGCACAGAGCCAGCGGGAACCCGCUUUGGGAACCGGCCGCUCUCUGUGGACGGUGGAGCGCUGCGGGGGGCUGAGGGGGCCGUGCAGGCUGGCGGGGGCUGGCUGGCGGGUAGGGGCUUCCAGGCGUCUGGCUUGGCCCCGGCCUCACACUUGUAAAUGUCCUCCGCGCUCCCCCCACCCCCUGGAUGACGCUGCUUGUAAAAUAAGUUCCACCCGAUUCCGCGUGCGACGCGGGCAGAUGGCCCUGACCCCGCCCCUGGCUCCCAGGCCACCGCCCGCGUCCUUGGCCUGGCUUCCCCUCGCUCCUGCCCUGGCCUCUUCCCUUGUCACGUCUGAGGCUGAGGACAGAGGUCUGGACGUUUGCCCGCUUAAGGAAAAUGAGGGGCGCGCAGGCCCGUGAGCGGGGGUGGGGGCCCGCGCGGCCCGGGGUCAGAGGCAGUGGGCAGGGGCCUCGGGGAGGCCGGGGAGGGGCUGCCGGGGCCUGGCCCCGUGCUCGCGGCCGGACGCACACGUGCUCUGCCCCACUGGUCCUGAGUGUGCCGCUCAGGAGACUCCUGUGAAAAUCGGUUUUGGAAAACAGGACACGGUGCCCCUUCCUGAGGGAUUCAGGGCGUUUGUCAGCCUCGUCCGGAGGCAGGAACAUCCUGCAGCUGUGGAAUCUGCUCAACUUGCUUUAACCCAGUUUCCCGAACUGUUGAUCGAUAGGUUUUGGCUCGCUGCUUCGGUUUUCAUGGGACAUCUGCGUGCAUCUCACAGACUAGCCCUCGUCUCUCCCAGGGGCCCUCUUCUGAAUCACCUGGUGACAGCACAAGAGGCCACCAGUCCUGAAAGCCCGGUCCUGGGAGCUGGGCCCCAUCGAGCACAUGUGACCUUCCUGUCCCUCUUGCCCUGCCCUGAAAAGAGUGGGGCGUGGGCUGCCCUGCGGUCCAGCCUGAGACCCCUGCAUGGGGACAGGUGAAAGGCCUCCCAGCCGCCAGAGAAGCUCCUGCCCUCGUACGACAGAGGGUUCCUGGCUGUGAGCCGCCUUCCUGUGGUUUUCCGCCUGCCGCCACCUGCCACCAGCCUGGCCUCCCUCACGCCCACACCCUGCCUCUCGGGGCACAGGGAGCCCUUGGCUGGUGCCGGGGGUGCUUGUGUCACAUGUUGGGUUGCAGGAAGCGCCCCCCAGGACUGGACUCCUAGGUGCCCCAGACUGGCCAGGACCUUCUGCUGUCGUGGCCUCCCUCACUUACUGGGCGGCCACCCCCUCCCCCCCCCCCCCCCCCAAAUACAGGAUGAGGCGUGAGUGCCAGGGCUCCGAAGAGGGUGAGACCUGUCCAGGGCAGCCGGCAUCAGCCACGUUGGGCCGGAGCCUGGAAUCCGAGACCCAGCCGGACGCAGAGCUCCCCCAGUGCUGUCGUCGUCCUGAGCCAGCCCCCCAGAGCCCAGGGAGGUCCUUGUGUUGAUCCUUUCAUGACCUGCGGCCCAACGUCCCUUGACCUCCCUGCCUCCCCCUGCCCCCACAGUGGAGAUUCUCACACGAGUCUCCAAGGCUGCUGGGUGGGAUGGAGGGAUGAGGUGGGGACCACGGCGGAACCAGCAUGUUUUAAAUCUCCUUUUAAGUCAAGCUGAGUCCCCUGGACUCUCGCAGGCUCUGAAGCCAGGCGUGCUGUCCUGCUGCCACAGGAGAGCCCCAGGGCCAGCCCCGGCAGGCGCACGCCAAUGGUGGUGAAUUCAUUUGUCAGCUGGUGACGUGGGAACCCUACUCUCCUCUCCUCCCUGGGGCUGAUCCGGAGCCUCUCACGGAAGUAGGUCGCGCUGCUUUGGUGCUGAGAAGUGGCGACUCUUACCUGGGAAAGGAGUUCUCUGAGACGCCCCAGGAUGGAUGGCAAAGGGGGUGUGAUUUUUGGGGGCCUCGACAUCUAGGGGCCCAGGCCCCUCCCGUGUGCCCACCGUCCCCCCCGAGUCGGAGCCGUUGCUGGGUGGGCCGUGGGGAGGAUGGCCCUGUGUGGGAGCCCAGGAGUCGCGGGGCCCGUCCACUGUGUGGGCCUCUUCCCCAAGGAGGGGCCGGGGCUUCGGGGCUGCAAGCUCAAGGGCAGACCUGCCGCCGCCUGUGUUCUGUUCCCAGCCAGCUGGGCUUCAGCCAGGGCUCCACUUUCUGCUCAGAGGAGAGGUUGUCUGCCAGAAACUAUUUUCAUUAUUCAGAGCCUCAUAGAUGUUGUACAUUUACCCAGGAUGAGAGGUGAAGUAAAGUUUCUUCGUGUUCGACUGGCUUUCUGGCAAGUCGGUGUGUCACUCCGUGUCUGUCCCCGCUGUGAUCAGUAGAUUAUGACGAUACGUACAUCACUGAUUAAAACAACAUCAAA